GAAAGCCACGGUGUCGUUCUCACGCCAUCCGUACAUCCUACGAUGACACCACCCUUUCUCUUUCAGAAAACAGCCGGCGAACCAUUUCUGGCUUCAGGCCCACGUUGUAAACAUUCGGUGGCACGUGGCACUCGAUGCUUACCUCGCGCUCCGGAACCCUCACUCUCUCUCUCUCUCGCCCUCUCUCUCCUCCACCCGAUACGGAUACGCUCUUCCACUGCGCAUCCAUGGCGAAGCGUCCUUGUUCCAUCUCGACAGACCCUCAUCACCCCGUCCCAAACCCUAGGGCUUCGUCUCCGGAACAAAUGGACAACCUUCUCGACGCAUUUCUAGGGCUGCGUGAUGCCUCCGCUUUCUCCGUCGAGCUCUCCUUCGAUCGGCUUCUCGAAUCUAGGGCUUCCGACGCUGACCAGGCACAGCUUAUCGAUCGCGCCCUCGGUUUGGGCUCUGCUCUGCUUGAGGCUGGUAAACGAGCCGCGAGAAAGCGUGCCUCCAAGCACAACUCGAUCGUUUGGGCUCUCCCUCCCGAUCUUACAAGCAGAGUGUUCUCCAUGCUUGAUACGCAAAGCCUGUGCUAUGCUGCUGCUACAUGUUUAAUGUUCAACAAGUGUGCUAUGGAUCCUUUGUGCUAUGCUGAUAUUGAUUUGACAACAGUAGUCCCAAAGGUCAAUAAUGGAGUUGUCUCUACCAUGAUCCACCGAGCUGGAAAAGUACUUCAGUCUCUUAAGUUGGGUAUUGUUCCAGGUCCAACCACUUCACCUGGUUCUUCUCAGCCAUUAGUUUAUACCAUUAGGAACUCUGUAGACACAUCUGGCUUCUUGUGGAAUGAUAAAAGAACUAGAAAGGGGAAGGAAUCAUCCGUUCUUACAAGGAACUGCUUAAUAUCUCUUAGUGAGGAUGGUGGUGCCACUGGGGCCCUUUUAAGAAGAUUGCACCUUUACAAUAUUGAGAGAUUGGAUAACACCGCCCUUUCUGUGGCACUUUCAGCCUGCUCAUCUCUCAUUGAUCUGGAAAUUGUUGGCCUUCAUGUUGAAUUGAGGCAAACAUUGACGUCAGUGAGCACACAUUGUCACUUGAUAGAGCGUUUGUUUUUCGAAUCUUCAAAAACAGGUAGAGAUGACAGCUUGAAAUCACCAACCUGCAUUGAUCUAGUAAACAAUUGUCCUAAUCUAAAUUCAUUGGCCCUUAGAGGGUUUAAGUUGCAGGACUACAAAGCUCGUGUACUUGUUAAGGGAUUUCGUAAACUGAAAUAUGUUGAUUUUUCAACAUCAUACUCAAUCACUGGAACCUUUCUAAGGAAUCUUGGGAACAACAUGGGUGGGAAUCUACUGGAGGUUUUGAUUUUGCGAGACUGCAUGCAUCUCAAAGAAGUGGAAGUGGCUCGCUUUUUGGCAGCAGUUCUUGCUGGAGAUUUCAAGCUUCUUAGACAUAUUGACAUAUCCAACAGGGAAGGCCUUGCAUCAGAUGGUGAUUGGUAUGAUAGAUGUUACAGCUCAAGCAUCAUUCCUGUAAAGCAGGUGUUGGAAGAGAGGCCUGAUAUGUGCCUUCUGGCUGAGUUCCCUUCGGAGGGGAGUUUAUUUGACAUUGAUCGAAUGGCUUAUAGCGACAUAAGCAGUGACAUCAGUCUGCCAUCGCAGUUUAGCAGUCAUACCUCGGACGGUUCAAUUUUUAUGAGUUACUCAGAGAGCAGUUAUAAUAGUGAUCCGGGUAGUAGCAAUGAGGAUGGUCGAGAUUCCGGGUAUGUUAUUUACGAGGAAAGCUCGGAUGAGGUGGACUUUCUGGCUCUCUAAGAUGAGCACCUCAAACAUGGCAGUAGGCUGAUUUUAUGGUCAUUAGACUAAUUUGGAGGGCUGCAGCAUUUGUGGAAUAAAAAGUGUGGGUUGGUGAAGUGACUUUGCCAUCAAUUGCAUCACUUCUUUCGUGUGGAUGCUCUGCUGCAUUCGUUGCAUAUGGAUCUGUAAACCUACUGAAAUAUACGUGUUCCCCUCAAAUGCAUCUUUUCAUUUGGUUCACCGAGCCAGAUGUGAAGCCUUUUCCCAUUCGCCCCAUUGCAAUGCGCCAAUGGAAAAACCGAACUAGGGUUAAGACCAAGAAGUAGAAGAAGAAGAAGCAUUAGACAAAAUUCAACGUCUUCCAAGUAUUCAAUUAUGAGAGGUCAGUCCCGCUUUUGCUAAUUUAGGGGGGCUGGGAGGCGGCUGAAGCUUUCAGCUUGUUUGUAGAAUUGUAGCAUGGUUUUGUAUUCAAAACUUUUCACGGUGUAUUAUGGUUUAUUUUUGCUGCUUACGGGCGGUCGCGUCUCCGUUGUAAUGCUGUGUGGAUCAUGAAUUACGUGAUUACCUUACAAAAAAUCAUAAAAAGAAAAGAAAAAAGAGCAUUAAUCUAUGCUAUUGGCUAUAA